GUGGUGAGACAAUAUUUUGAGUCGGGUUAAGUGCGUAAAGCCAGAACCGUUGUAUCUUAUGAGCUUUGCGUCAAGGAAGAUGGACUGGAAGACCAGAACCAUGACAGGACAGUAAAUUAUGUAGAUUGGAGAAGAAAGAGUCAAAAACCCCGUAAUAAACGAGGAUUCACCUCUCAGAAAUGCACGUCUCGCCCUACAGAUAUUUCAGUCCAUCCCUCGAAAGUUUUUCGGCCGUAUCUCUUCAAGCUGGACCCAGCCUGCGCGCUGGACCCGUGCUGUAUCGUCCAUGGCCAGAAGACAUUCCGACCGUGCUCUUCAACUUCUUCUGGUUUGAGACUAAGUAAGAGAAGGUCAUUCGGUGAGAAGAAAAUCGCCGGAAUUGGUGAACAAUUGGAGAGAUGUCGAUGAACGUUUGAACUUCCCGGCGUAGUCACGACAUCUGUGACUUCGCGACUUGUCUUGUCGACACCUCUUAUCUAUAGGUCCAGUAUGCCUGAAUCCGACUCCGAUGACGACAAGGACUACGUUCCUCCUAUCGAUGAUCCCGAAUCUUCAUCUUCCGAUGAAGAGGAUGAACUAGAAUUUAAAUGCGCCAAAGUCACCUCAAAAUCACCUUCAGCUGAAGAAGACGAAGAAGCAAGAAACCUUGCUCGAGAGAAUGCAUGGAAGAGUUUUCAAGACUCGCUGGCCACGAAUUCCUCGGUAUCGCCUGCGGAGGUUGUCUCGAAGAAGUGGGUUAAGAUUGAGAGAAGACAUCUUUUUGCCGGGGAGGAAGUCGUUGAAGUUGUCGAAGUACCUGAAGAUUCUAUUGAUGCGAAGAAGUGGCCUCGUUGGUCGCCACCCGAUGAGCACAAGCUGGAAGAAUCCGCUCCAAACUGCCGGUCUCCUGUACAUGAUUCCUCAGAACCGUCUGGAAGUUCUGUUCUUCCUAGGACCAUACCAGCAAACACUCCAGAGCCCGUCGCUCAACCUAAUGCUUUGACCUCAAAUCCUACGUCCAUUGCAAAACGGCCAGGUCCGCGGAAGAGCAGAACAACGCUCGCAUCCCUCCCUUCAUCCUCAACGCCCAAGAAAAUCACCAUUUUAGAGAAGUCCGCCAUGGUCUGGCGGUCCCAUGUUGGAUUACAGCAAGAACCUGGAUUGAAAGAUGAGCUUGAAGCAAAUCGUAGGGGAGGUGGGUAUCUCGAAAAGGUGGAAUUCCUGGAGCGUGUACAUGAGAGGAAAGAGGACGUCUUGGAGAGGAGUAAGGGUACGAAACGGAAGAGAUGA